AUGUUCCAGGACGAAAAUAUAGUAGUAGACUUGGUAAACGGAGAAACGUUUCUGAUUGAUUUUGGAGCUGCAACACCGCUUAAGAAAAGUUACUACACUGAUUUCCAAGGAACUCGUUUAUAUUGUCCACCUGAAUGGUUUUUACAUUCAAUGUAUUUGGGCCAAGAAGCAACAGUUUGGUCGUUGGGUGUUUUACUGUAUAAUAUGCUCAAUGGAAAGUUACCAUUUCGUGACGAAAAAGAGAUCUGUACAUCGCAUUUACUAGGACCUUUGCCUUUUUGUACAAAAGUCAGCAAAAGUGCUAUGGAUCUGAUCAGUAAAUGUUUACGAUUCGAACCAAGCCAGCGAUGUACAUUAAAAGCACUGCUCAAUCAUCCAUGGAUGCAUAUUCCUUGUAUUGAAUGGAGUAUUUUAACAGCCAAUACUUAUCAGCAUACAUCGGAUGAUCUGCAUUUUGAUGCUAGCAAUAAGGUUACUAAUCAUGCCAUGAAUCAUGUUGUGGGAAUGAAGCCGGAACCGAGUUAUGCGGAAUCUGGCGUGGGAAGUGCAUCUACUUGCACGCCAUCCACGUCAUCAUCAUAUAUAGUGCGUCAUCGUCAUCCAGACGUGAUGGUAACCAUGGGACAGGUACCAUUUUCUCCUCGAAGUAGUCAAAUCCAUCAAUAUCGAAAUCGAAGUCGACCCCACCACUGGAAAACUCGUUUGAUCAGUAAUUCAUUUUUAUCUCUAAAUGCUCGAGAAUUAUUGCAAAAGGCUCGAUUAAUGGAAAACAAAAAUAUUCCGUCUACUCGAAUGGGCAAACUACGAUCUGCAAGUCAUCACGAUUUGCAAAAUUGUCCCAUAUCCAUCCCACACUCGACCUAUUUAAGCGUUAAGCAAGAUAAGAAAGUGGAUUGCCUUGCAACCCCAAUUAAAUACACAAAGCAUAUAUCAAGUUCACAACAGAAAUCAGGGCUGUUCUCACGCAGCGCACUGCUUUCGAAAACCAAUAGACGUGAGAGUUUUUACGGAAGAAUAGAUAGAAUACCGGUCUUUUGA